GUAUGGUCUGCUUGACUUGCAAAAGUGUGGUGUAGAAAAACAUCAUAAGCUCCAAAUCUUGAUUUAACUCGGCCUUUUUCUUUGUCCAUUUCUUCAUCUCCUCCACAUUUCACGUUUCAAUUAUCAAGGCCAAGGAGAGUUUUUCGUCAUUUUUUUUUCUUUCGUACGGCUUCUCGAUGAUUUGGAAUAAGAUGGCCUGCGAGUGAAUUUUUUUAUGAACGCCAAAGACUGACAUUAAGAAUUAUCCAUCAUUGACGUUAAUAAGUCUGUCCCUGCAUCUCUCUCUUUACACGAAAACGCUCACCAAUGAAUUCACCAAAGUGACUCUCACAAGUGGGUGGUUCACAUGACUGGACUUCAUCGCAAACAAAUCAUUUAGUGCUCAGAAAUCAUAACACGACAAUCUGGAACUCUGUGUGUGAGUGUGUGAGUGUGGGUAAGUACUGUCUCGUUGACUGGCUCUCCGAUUCUCCGCCCACCACAUUCUCUGUCUCUUUAUGUGUGUUCCGUCUUUGCUCUCUUUCCAUUGGCCUUUCCAUGGAUCUCCACCUCGAAAGCUUCGUUUCCUGCCAACUUUCUUGGCAUUUGACAACGAAUACCAGUUACAAUCAAAACAUCGAAGCACUGACAAAUACCAAAGACAGGUCCGAGAAAUAUCAAAGGUAGGCAAGUAAGAGUGCCUUCAGUAUGUCAGGAGUAAUUAAGUUUCGUCUCAAAAGUCACGACAAUGACUUGGAAGUGGCGAGGAUACUAGCGACUGUUUCCGUAACCAUGGCUGUACGUAUAACUUUGGGGGGAAUUUCUUUUUAAUUAAAAUCUUCUGACCGUCAGCCUAUGGAAAUGAACAAGAAGGAAGGACUCAUAAACAAGCGCAAGCUCUUUGUCAGAACCAGAUCUGAAGCCAAGAUCAAGUUAGCCCAAGAAUCAUUCAGGAACUUUCGCACCAAGAGCAGUGCCAAGUUCUCCAGUCUCGUGAGCUCUCCCUCGGGGUCCAAUUCAGAGAUACUCGACUUCCUAGCCCAACAACGGGCUCAGCAAGCCCUCGCAGCCACGGCCAACGUCAAUGCACCCAACCUCACCAAGGAGCCGGACGAGCCCGAUGUUUGCUACGAGGAAAUCGCCCAUCUCAUUCCCAGUUUCGCCAAGACCUCCUUAGAGAGUGUGGAGCUAAGUGUCUCAAGUGACAAGAGUAGUGAUCUCUCCCCAGAGAAAUUGAAUUCGCGAUCCGAAAGUGUUGCCCGUCGAGAUAGUUUGGGCACUCGAGCGUCCAACCUCGUAAAUCAAAGCUCUCUCUCAUUUCAUCGCGUUUCCUCACAAGCCAUUGAAAAGCUAACCACUCAACAGCGAAGGCCCGGAUCCCUGAUUAGAGCUUACUCGGAAACCCCCGAAGACCCUUCUGAAGACGAUGUGGAUCAUGCGUAAUGAAGAUAUAUAAGACACUCAAGUUUUCAGUUGCGACCUAAAAAUAUUUUCUUGUACUUGCGUUCUCAUAAAAUGUAAUUUGCGGGCUUCAUUCGCACUCGGCCGGAGUUAUUUAUUGCACGAACCAAGAUGGCUGAAAAACAAUAUUUGAAGAGGUUGGUUCCGUUGUGAUCAAAAGAGGUUUCAACAUCAAAUGCCAUUUUGAAUUUUAGGUGCUUGUCCAAAUCAUAAAU